AUGGGUUUUCAGUUGCAUUUUGAUAUCGAUACGGAACCUGAGAAUGAUUGUGAAUGGAAGCCAAAACAGGGAAUGACAUUUGAAUCUGAACAAUGUGCGUAUGAUUUUUAUAAUACAUAUGGAGGAAGAAUGAGGUUUAGCAUAAGAAGGGAUUAUUGUAGGAAGGACAAGUUCACUAAUCAACUUAUUUGUAGACUUCUGGUUUGCAACAAGGAGGGAUUUCGAAAGGUUGACAAGCGAGACCCAUUAUCAAAAAACCCUAGAGCUGAAACUAGGACUGGUUGUGAGGCUCGACUUUAUAUUAAAUUAGAUGAGGGUACUGGAAAAUUUGUUGUGACUGAUUUCAAAGAAAAACACAAUCAUGAUCUUGUAUCACCCAAGUGUGCCCACAUGUUGUCGUCACAAAGAAAGAUAUCGACUACCCAAGCAAUGCAGUUAGAUUUGGCAGCACAAUCUGGUCUUCGUUUAGGCCAGUCUUUUGAACUUAUGGGUAGGGAAGCUGGUGGAAGGCAAUAUAAUGAGGAGCAAAUAACCAAUAUGUUUUGGGCCGAUGCACAAAUGAUCAUGGAUUAUGCCCAAUUUGGUGAUGUUGUCACAUUUGAUACGACUGACAAGUUAAACAAAGAACAUAGACCCUUCGCAUCUUUUGUGGGAUUCAACCAUCAUAGGGAAACAAUUAUAUUUGGUGCAGCAUUGUUGUAUGAUGAGACCGACGAAUCGUUUGUAUGGUUGUUUGAAAAUUUUCUAGAGGUUAGGUCAAGAAAGGCACCAAAAACUUUGUUCAUCGAUCAAGAUGCUGGAAUGGCUAAAGCCAUACCCAUCGUUAUGCCUGACACAAGUCACCAAUUGUGUACUUAG